AUGUUGGUCAUUGACAGCACAUGCAAUGGAUUCCGGCAUCUCGUCCUUCCCAUCGCCCUCACAGACGAUCUCGUCCUGAGCGCCGUGCUCGCCGCCUCCGCCUUCCACCUAGCCGGCAACAAAGGCUACAACGCACAUCCCGAGUCGCUCUACGCAGGUGCCAUUCACAAAUUACAACAACGGCGGGAGCUCACGGGCUGCGAUUUCGAGACGAGACAGAGAGUCAUCCUCGCGAUCGUGGUCCUCCUCGUGGUUGUCAUGAUCAACGGCUGCUCAGACUUUCCAGUCAUGUUCCGGAUGCUCCAGUCGGCGCUCGACGCCAUCGGUGGCGAGGAAGAGCUCGUCCAUGGUGGAGAGGUGGCCGAGUUUUCUCUACGGCAGAUCCGAAAAAUGCGGGUGUAUGCUGCCCCUUUACUCAGCCCUGACGCUGGCCUCCACGCCAUGACAGCACAAUCCGCCGCCAGCUUCGACUGCCUCACCUAUUACAUGCACAGAUACCCACAGCACGCGGAGAAAUUCUUCAUCCUGGCUGAUCUACGGCGUCAAGCAUUUAGCAUAUACAUUGACCGUGUGCUGGGCGCACCGUGGGUCAACGAGGACAGAGUCGAUAACUUUAUCGAGACAUUUGGGACGUUUCCUCGUGACGCGCCAGGGGAACAUAUUGUUACAUGGUCCAGCUUCAUCGUGGCAUCGGAAACGAGGAAUCCAGAUAGCCAGGAGUUUUUCAGAGCAUUCCUGACCAGGCAGUUUACGCGGAAUGGGUUUGGGAAUAUCCCCAGAGCGCUGGACCUGUUGGAAGCUGUGUGGAGUGCCGGAGGAGACGUGGACUGGCCAGCCCUGUUGCCUGAGCCCAAAGUGUUUAUUAUGUAA